AUGGAUACGCUCUUAACUCAACUGGACGCCCUCAUUCUCAAGCCCGAACUUCAACCGUUAUUAUCUCUAGUCAAAGGUGCCCGCAAUGGUAUCGUCUAUGGAUCGAAAGUGCGGUUUCCGCAUGCGCUGGUAAUGAUUUUUCUGUUCCGAUCAGGAUCAUUCCGGGAAAAAGUCAAGCUUGUCCUCAGCGCAACACGCCUACAUGCGCGAAACCUUGCCACCUUUGCGAUCAUAUAUAAACUGUCGAUGAUUGUCCUCCGGAACAUCAACACUUCGGGCCUAGCAAAGGAAGGCCGAUACGAUAGCUUCUUUUCGGGCUUGUUGGGAGGAUAUGCUGUCUUCGGACGACAGCGAGGAAGUAUCAGCCAACAGAUUGUCAUUUACGUCUUCGCUCGCGUGAUGCUGUCCCUCGCCAAACUCGCCGUCGAACCCAACAUGCACCCUCUCUCCCCCCUUCUCACUCCAGAAUCCCGCACCAAGAUCUACGAUCAUGCCUGGCCCGCUUUCGCCAGUUUUACCUGGGCAUUUGUCAUGUAUAUUUUCCGAUGGUAUCCUGAAACCCUGGCGUCCAGCUUGCGGAGUAGCAUGGUUUAUAUCUACUCGGACUCAGAUCAUUGGGAUUCAUUGCGAACGUUGUUCAUCCACAACAAAUAA